GCGGGAGCAGGGCUGUGACGCACUUCCGGCUGCGCCGGCCGCCGUGCGCGUCGGUGUCCCAGGCCCCCAGCGGCUGUGACUCACGGUUUAACGUGUAGCCCUAAAGAACCAGAAACCCAAAGGAACCAAUAUUCCUGCUACACAGAGCCCCAUCUUUAGUGAGUGUUUCUGGAGUCUGUAUGAUGACCAAGGUCCUGGGCAUGGCCACAGGUCUGGGCCCGAGGCCUCCACAGGAGCAGGUGGGGCUUGUAAUUGUGAAGGUCGAGGAGGAGGAGAAAGGGAAGUGCCUUUCUAGCCUGGAGAUGUUCCGCCAGCGCUUCAGGCAAUUUGGGUACCAUGACACACCUGGACCCCGGGAGGCCCUGAGCCAGCUCCGGGUGCUCUGCUGUGAGUGGCUGAGGCCCGAGAUCCACACCAAGGAGCAGAUCCUGGAGCUGCUGGUGCUGGAGCAGUUCCUGACCAUCCUGCCCCAAGAGCUGCAGGCCUGGGUGCAGGAGCACUGCCCCGAGAGCGCUGAAGAGGCCGUCACUCUCCUGGAAGAUCUAGAGCGAGAACUGGAUGAGCCAGGACAGCAGGUCUCACCUCCUCCAAAUGAACAGAAACAGGUGUGGGAGAAGAUGUCAUCUUCAGGAACAGCAAAGGAAUCCCUUAGCAGCAUGCAGCCACAGUCUGUGGAGACCAUUCCCAUAUACGAAUGUUGGGGGCCCCUGUACAUCCAAGAGACUGGUGAAGAGCAGGAUUUCACUCCAGAGCUGAGAAAGAUUCAAGAUCAUAAAUUGAACACCCAGAAUGAAGAAUCAAGAGAGAAGCAGGAAGGUGCUGAAGAAUCUCAUGCAGAAGGAUUCAAAAGAGAUAUCAUUCCCGUGAUUAUUCCCAAUAAAUGUGAGGCCAGGUUAGAAAGGCAGUGGGUAAACCUUGAAAAGGAAAGAGGAACAAAAACCCCUCUCCUAGACAAAGGUUCCAAGAAGGGUAGAGAGUUAAUUCCUACUAAACCUCCCCCAGGAGAGAGACGUUACAUAUGUGCCGAGUGUGGGAAAGCCUUUAGUAAUAGCUCAAAUCUCACUAAGCACCGGAGAACACACACUGGGGAGAAGCCGUAUGUGUGCACCAAGUGUGGGAAAGCCUUCAGCCACAGCUCAAACCUUACCCUUCACUACAGGACACAUUUGGUGGACCGGCCCUAUGACUGUAAGUGUGGGAAAGCUUUCGGUCAGAGCUCAGACCUCCUUAAACAUCAGCGAAUGCACAGUGAAGAGGCACCUUAUCAGUGUAAAGAUUGUGGGAAGGCUUUCAGUGGUAAAGGCAGCCUCAUUCGGCACUAUCGAAUACACACUGGGGAGAAACCUUAUCAGUGUAACGAGUGUGGGAAGAGCUUUAGUCAGCACGCGGGGCUUAGUUCUCAUCAGAGACUCCACACUGGAGAGAAGCCAUAUAAGUGUAAGGAGUGUGGGAAAGCUUUCAACCACAGCUCCAAUUUUAAUAAACAUCACAGAAUCCAUACUGGGGAAAAACCCUAUUGGUGUAAUAAUUGUGGAAAGACCUUCUGUAGUAAGUCAAAUCUCUCCAAACACCAGCGAGUCCACACUGCAGAGGGAGAAGUGCUUUAACUGGCGAGUAUGCUCUCUCCAUGGUUUUUGGAUUUUUUUUUUUUUUUUUUUUUUUUUUGAACUUUAGAACAUGAAUGCUAGGGAGAAAUCCAGUAAUUGCAAUAUAGACUCCGGUGGUGGGUUUUGUUUCACUCCACAUCAAGGGAUGCCUGAGGAGGGAGCAGAAGCAGCAGCACUGUAGGCGGGGGUCCUGAGGGCUGGGGGGGAUUCCUCACUUGCCAGAGCUGGGGCAGGGUCCCCUCCCCUCACCACACUUUGGUCCCAUAAUCCAUGCCAGCAUUGCCUUUUGUAUAGUUAAACUGAUGUGUAUCCAGUAUAAUUAAGGAAGAAACAUUAAAACUGUUUAACUGUUUUAACAUGUAUUCAAGAAUUACAAUUUGUAAAGAAUUGAGCCAUAUUGAACACAAUCUGAUUCAGAAUAAACUUAUAACAUUUUGUAAUGCCUCAGAACUAUUAUUAGAAUAAAUGAUGUGUUGGUUAUUAAACACUAUUCUAGAAAGAGAAAAGGGUUCCUCCUGGUUUAGCUUGUGGAAAAUUGGGAUUUGGGUAAAUGGAACUUCACUUGUGAGUGUGUGUGUUAGGAGAUUGCAGUCGAGUAUAGCAGCUGCCUCUUGGUCUACAUUGUGCUUUUUUUCCUGCAGACUGAACACAUUCUUUCAUCGUUGGGAACAUUUUGUCAGCCUCCUGUGCAUUUCGGUUGUGUAUAUUCUGUCUCUGCCAAAAUGAACAUCUGACUCUCCCUGAGAAGCUUCCUUCUUCUAAACCCCAGAAGUCAGUAAUACA